UAAGGGCGUGUGCCAUCCACACUUCUCAAUAUCCAAAGCUUCAAAUUCCAUCAUGGAAGCAAUUCAAGAAUCCAACCAAAACCAACCCUCCAUUAAUGAAACUCAAACACCAAAACCAGAUACCGAUCUUGAGAACCAGAGAACACAGAGGCUUGAAGAAGUGGAGGUGAUCUUCGACUAUUCCAAAAGGGCACAGUGGCUUCGAGCAGCUGUUCUUGGUGCAAAUGAUGGUCUUGUUUCUACAACUUCUCUAAUCAUGGGUGUUGGAGCUGUUCGUAAAGAUCCCAAGACCAUGAUUCUCACAGGUAUCGCUGGUUUAGUAGCUGGUGCCUGUAGCAUGGCUAUUGGAGAAUUUGUUUCUGUAUAUUCACAGUACGACACAGAAAUGUCUCAGCUGAAACGAGAGACCAGAUCUAUAAGUGAACUUGAGGCCAAGAAGAAAGAAUUGCCGAACCCGUGGCAAGCCGCUGGGGCUUCAGCGAUUGCCUUUGCUUUGGGGGCGGUGAUACCGCUCCUUGGGGCAGCUUUUGUGAAAGAUUAUGUAGCAAGGGUUGGGGUUGUGAUAGGUUUGGCUAGCCUUGGCUUGCUAGGGUUUGGAUGGGUAAGUGCAGUCUUGGGACGUGCACCAAUUGUUAAGUCAUCUUUGAGAGUGUUGGUGGGUGGAUGGUUAGCUAUGGCAAUAACUUAUGGCCUUACCAAAGCUAUUGGGAGCAUUGGACUUUGAUCCAUAUCAUCUCUUUAUGAACAAUCACUUGAUUAUAUCUAUUUUCUACUUAUUAAAUAGUGGAAAAGCUGGAAUUGAGUCCUAAA